AUGGCCUCCGCAUCAUUGGCAGAAUCCUACCACGGGUCUUACCACGCAUCCUGCGCAUCCGACGAGGACGAGUCGAGCUUUCUGAAAAGAAUUCGUCUCCUCCACUGGGUUCGACUCGGCGUUUCGUCCCUUGCCCUGGGUAUCGCUAUCGCAAUCAUUGCCUGCGAGGCUGUGCCCUAUCGUCACUAUCGGGUGACAUCCUCCUUCGAGAAUAUCGGACUCUACCUCUGGCCGUUAAACCUCGAUAUUCGCCCAACCAUCGCCAUCCUGGCAUGCGGAUGCGUAGUUGCAUUUCUGAGUCUGAUUUUCAUUGUCGUCGCUCUCUUACCAUCUCCACACUCGCACAUCCGUCGCGCAAACCUCGCCGCAGUAGCAACAUCAUCCUCAGGCUUCGUCGCUACACUCGUCUCCCUAGUCUUCGCAAUUUACCUGCCCGGCUCCUCGUACCCUAAAAACUUCGGCAACGUCGAAACCCUCCAUUCCUGGACGUGCAAGUGGAAGGCGUCCCACAACCUCCCGCUCGGUUUCUCCGAUGAAAGCAGUGAAACGAUCUCACCGGCGCCAGUACACUUUGCUCGAGAUUGCGGUGCUACCCAUGCAGCUUUUAUCCUGCUUGGUAUCCUUGUUGGAGUCGAGGUCAUCAUGGGCGUUGCGGCAGGAGUGGGGACUUGGCUUGAGUUGAGCGUCGCGAGGCGGCGUGGGCAGGAACAGUACCAACUUGAGAAGGUUGAGACGUCGUUUGGGUUUAAGAGGUGA